GCGGAAAACGUGUAUGCGCAUGUCAAUAUUAGUUGGAUUCUUGGCGACAACAAAACAUGGCCAAAAUACCAGGCAUUGACAUGGUUGUGUGCUUUUACGAAUGACUGUGAAAAAAUAAUUCACGGAAUUAAAAACAACAACAAUGGAUUACGGGUACUUGAAAUUCAAAGCACAAAAUGGAAAAUCUGGGAUUUUUUGGGAACAAGAGAAAAAGAAACCAGACAGAAAAUUUGGCUAUAAGCGUAAGGAUCAGCGAUUCUCAAUUAGGACGAACCCCAACGAUGUAGAUCUGGAGCCAGAGCCAAUUAAGGAUGAAGACAGUACCCCUAAACCUAAUUUCAUAGAGAGGAACAGACAAUUAGCUGUUUCUAAAAACAAAGGAAAGAAACCAACCCUACGCCCAAUAAAGAAAUCACCCACUGGUACAAUGACCUUAACUCAAGAUCAGCUAAAUGCCAUCUUAGCUUCUGUAGGGAAAGUUGCGUCAGGAGAAGAGGACAACUUGCGGAUUUCCGUAGAUUCCAAGAAAAAUUCUAUAACAAUUCAGUCACCAAGGAAAAGUCGUGACGAUGAUUAUUAUGAUCACAACUCGGCAGAAAGUGGUUAUGAUGACGAUGAUCAUAAAUACAAUGAUGAUAAAAAGGACAAAGUAGUGAAAACUAAAACAAGGAAUACCUCGCCCAUACAGGAAGACACAACAACAACGAUCUUUUCACUGUUGGAGGAAUUUAAACAAAAGGAAAAGAAACCUACAAAGUCAACUAAAAAGGAACUUACAGAAGACAAAAAUAGGAAAAGGGACAGAAAGAACGUAGAUGAUGAGAAAGAUUAUGAUUCAGAUAGAGAGAAUAUUAAGGAGAGGAGAGGUAGAAAAAAGGAAACAAGCAGAGAGACUAAACGUGAUAAGGAAACUCACAAAGACAGAAGUAGUGAAAGAGAUAAAAGUAGAAAACAAGAUGGUAGUCGGAGCAGAGAACGUGAUAGGAGACACAGAAGGAAUGGAAGUGAAAACGAAAGACACAAUAGGGAUAUUUCACCGGAAAGGAAAAGUAAAAAUUACAGAGAAAAGAAUGAAUCAUAUGAAAACAGAAAAAAUAAAUCUAAAGACAGUGAAAAUGAUAGACAUAGGGUCACCGAGAAUGAGAGUGAUAAGAAAGUGGAAACUGUUGAGAAAAAAGUGGUAACUCCGAGGGAGAUGGCUGGUAUACCCAUGUCAUUACCAUGGAAACACAUGACCUUGGGAGAACGGCGAAGGUUAAUGCAAGCCAGGAUAGAGGCUGAAGCUGCAAUAAAAGAAAUAGAGAAAAAGAAAUAUGAGUUGGAGGAGCAGAAAAAAAGAGACGAUAAUUAUAGUGAAAGGAAAGAGCAUGAAAGAAACGAUCGUGAAAGGGAAAAGAAGGACCGUCAUAGAAAAGAUCGAAACAGAUAUGAUCAUGACAGUGAACAGAAAGACAGAAAUAAUCAUCGUGAUGAUGAGGAUGAUUACAGCAGUAGACGAAAAGAAAGAGACAGAAAUAAUCAUCGUGAUGAUGAGGAUGAUUACAGAGGUAGACGAAAAGAAAGAGAAAGGGACAGAAAUAAUCAUCGUGAUGAUGAUGACAAUGAUCAUGAUUAUCGUAGCAGUAGGCAUAAAAAGAAGUCGAGUCGAGAGCGAAGAAGAAGAUACAGUCCAGAACAGCAAGACAGUGAUGACGAUUACAAUGAUCGCGAUCGUGGGAAAAAGGACAGUCGCUCGCACAGACGGAAUGAUAGUCCCGAGUUACGGGAAAAGAAACACAGAGACCGCCGAAGGGAGAGAACUCCAUCUGAUGACGAACAGAGGAAUUACAAGACAGUGGAGAAAUCACCUGAAAGGGCAGAUUCUAAACCACCAACAGGUCUCCCUCCAGCACCGAAAACGCUCACACUGGCUGAAAGGAAGAAACUUCAGUGGGAAAAGGACAGAAUUGAGCUGGCCAAGCAGUAUGACCCAUGGGGAAGACCUGGAGCUGGAGCCCCGAUACGGACCAGAUCUGGGAAUGUAGCAGCCGACUACAAAACAAGACAGGAGGAGACAUUGAGGGCAUCCUUUGAGGAGAUUGAGAAAAAGAAACAGGAACAGAAAGAGGCCCUGAUCCAGGAGAUGGAAAAAGGGGAGUCCCAACCCAAAGUCAAUGCCUCACAACAGAACGUCCCACACGCCAUGAGGAGUUCCUUUAUGUUUGGGCAAGCGGCUCCUGAUUCUGAUCAGUUUGUAAACACCAAAGAGAUUGAGAGGCGGAAAUGGUUAGAAGAAUUAGACAAACAAAAUGAAGAGAAGCGUUUAAGACAGUUGAAUAACAAGGGAAAUAAUGCCACCCAGGAAACCUGGGCAGACAAGUUCACAUCAAACCACAAGCCAGCCGGGUUCCCAGAUCAGCUGAAGGAGCCACCGUCUGGUUAUCAAGAUCCAUACUCACCAAGGGACAAAACUCUAGAUGGAGGAAGAGUUAACAGUGCCCCGACACAUGUCCCAGAUACAGAGGAAGAUAAGACGCACAUACGAGGCCAGAAUGUGUUCAUGGACCCAGUCACUAAACGUGAGUUGGAGGAGAAGAGAAAGCGCUUGCUAGAACACCAGCAAGCGGUGAUGGAGCAGGUUCAGCAGAAGCAGCGAGAGAAACAGCGGGAGCGUGAGCUGAAGAUGAAGGAAGACAUGGAGGAGGAGAGGAAACUACAGGCCGAGCGUGACCGCAUACAACGACAAUUCGAGCAGGAGCAAAAUAAAGUCAAAAUGAAAGAGGUACGAAGACAACAGGAAGUCGACAAACUAAAAAUGGCUAUGGAUGAGGCCCAUGAGUCAGCUCUCCGUGAAAAAAUUUCACGCCGCCUGCAGCAUUUAGAUGAGGGAGGCCAUGAUACUUCACACCUGAAGGCUACAUUACAAGACAAUCCUCAAAGUGGCCGUUACCUAGCAACAGACAGAGAAUCAUUUCGAGAUCACAACAAAUCUAGGGAUAUAUUGCCAAACACAGCCAAGUUAACACCCCGAAAUAAUAAUCCCAGUACUUAUGUCCAGCCAGAGUACAUACCAGGCCUGAACCUGGAGUUAUCUCCCCGGACAGGCCCAACACACAGGUCACACAGAGAGGCCGUGAUAGUGGAUAACCCACCAUAUACAGAAAACCGGGUUCUGACCCCAAGUCAGUUUCGCCAUGGUAACGAUGCAUCACGAGAGUUCGGCACACAAACUGGUAUGGGACAUUAUACUCCCCCUACAGUGUCCGAUGAUAAAAUAGUCAAUGAUACUGAUUUAUAUGAGAAGGUUGAAUUUGGUACGAACACUGACUUAGGUACCAACCGAGAGGAAAGCGAGGUUCAAAUUAUGUAUAACACACAGGGAAAGAGAGUAAGGGUAAAAAGUGCUGCUAAGGAAGAGACCAAGAAAUAUCAACGAAAACCAGAACCUCCGGUGGAGAAGAAAUCAAAACCCAGGACAAAAGAGGAAAAAGAAAAGGAGAAACCCAAAUGGAAUUUUCAAAACAAACGUCGCAAAAAGCCGGUGAAACAAUCUGAAAAAGAUCUUAAUUUCGUUGAGAAAAGAAAGCAGAGUGAAAUGAGAAGGCUAAAAAGAGAACAAGAAUUGUUGAACUUAGUGAAUAUGAAUCGUGAUCGUAUACCUACAGAGCGACCAAAAGGAGCCGCCUGUAACUCUCGUGGCCAUUCACCUGUGUCUGAUCAUGAAGGUCACAGGUCAAGGAGUAUUGAACGCUUUAAUGCUAGUCGGAGGUCAAAGUCUCAUUCACCUGAAAACAUUAGUGCACGACGACAUCAGACAUAUAGGACGCACUCGCCCAACUUGACGCAACGUUCGUCUUCACCUGGGCAAAAAGUUGUCGAAAGCAGUCGCAUUACAGCCAGGGGGAGAUCACCCCCAGUUCCAGCCCUUAGAUAUAAAAAAGACAAUGCUUAUGAUGUACAAUUAGCAGAGAGAUCUGCUCGUAAGUAUGCCGAUAAUGAUCCGUUAGAAAUACCGCUGACAGAUGGAAACUUUGUGCCAUUCCUGAGAACUGUGGAAGUGCUAGAUCCGGCCCGUGCAAGUUCCCCACUACAUAUAUCUAGGGAGCCCACAGCCGUUGUAAAUGCUCGCAAGGCUUACAUUAAGAGUUUGAAGCCUGGAGAAUAUGGUAGAAAGGCUGACCCCUACGAGGACAGAUUGAAAGUCACAGGAGAGGAGAAAUCUAAGGACCCUAUCAUUAACCCUGCCCUAGUUACAGACCAUCCGACCAACAGACAGGAUGCUAUCCUUCAACAGCUCUCCUCUCUAAAAAUGAACCUGAUGCAGAGACGGAGGGAGCUAGAAACGUUUUCUCCGACAGACUUUGAGUAGUGAACGGCUAUCAGUGGUGAAUUUAGUCUUACCUUGAUUGGACAUGCAUUCUGUGAUAAUUCUUCAAACACAUGACAACUGUUAAUGGACAAAGAAUGGGGCCCAGUUUUAGCAAGUUUAUUCUGUGUAAAGACAUAAUAUUUUAACAUGUGAAAGAUUCAUGUCGAUUAAUCUUAAAACAAAAUUUGAACUUAAAAAUUCAAAAAUAUGUUUUUAACCAAAACAUUUUCUGCAAACUGUUUUGAUAUUUAAAAAAAAAUAAUAAAUAUCAAAUGUGUUUUUGUCAGUAAGAUAGUAACACUAAUUAGUUAUAUAAAUUCAAUUUUGUUGAUCAGCCUCGGAAACAUUUCUCAAAAAGUUUUGAAGUUACACACUUGAGUGGUUUUUUUUGGCUUCCAAAGCGAUGGCUGACAUGAUACAUGUAUAUAAAUCUUAUAUCAAACUAUGAUGUUGAUUUAAACAUUGUGUCCACAUUUCCUUUAGGAUAACCUAAAUGAUAAUGGAGCUUGUCUUCCCAAGACCCCAUUGUAUUGAUCGAAUCUUCUUCGUUUUACCAAAAAAUGGCUGUUGGUGCUUGGCUUUUGCAGGCUCAAAUAACUCAUAUUAUCACAUUAGGUUGUGAAGCCACUAGCAAUGUUUACUGUCCAAUGAUGUUUUCACAUCAACCAUGUUUUUUUAAGUCAAAAUGUAUACCAAACAAUAAGAAAUUAUUUGUUUAAAAACAAAAUAUGCAGUAAGAUAGCUUGUAGCAAAUUGUUGUCCCUGUUGCAAAGGACGGGUCUUCCUUUCGAUCCAAGGGUUCUCAGGUUUUUACCUUGCCUUGACUUAAUAGUCAAUAUUUACAUCCUCAUUUUUUAAUGUGUCAUAAAAAUAGAAUAACAAAAAAUGAUAACAUAUUGAGUUAAUUCACCUAUACAUGCCAUGGUCCAAAGCUAAGUAAGAAAACAUUGCUUUCUUAGUUUGGGAUUUGGUUCGGGACUAGACUGUCCUGAUGGUAUUUAUGAGAAGUCAAUAACUUCUUUGACACUGGAAUUCUUUAUAUCUUGUGAAUGGUGAAGUAAUGCUGAUUAUCAGCAGAAUCUUUGAAUACUGAAGUGGCCAAAUUUGUGUUUGUUGAUUGUUGGUUUAAGGUAUGAAGACAUGUGACACAUGUAUAAUGAUAAUCUCCACGUAGAACAUUGUCAAACAUGUUAUACAGUAGCUCUCAAUUAAUAAUCUGUUACAUAUCAUUGCUAUACAUCUUGUUGCAUUUGAUUGUUGUUUAUCUAUUUAUUGUACAUAUGUAUUGAAGAAUCAGAUCUAAUGUAUAAGAUAAUUUCAUGUUUUUACCUUUGAUAUGAUAGUCUUGUAAGUUUCUAAUUUAUACCCAUCAUAUGUCUCGCCUAUUUUACAUUAACAUACUUGCAUUACGCUGGUGCUAUAUAUAAUCUCUCUACUUAGAACUCCAAACCAACAAAGUUUUUACCUGACUGCAGUCCAUUAUACAUUGGCUGUAAAUCUAUAGUUAACCAUACCUGUAAUUAUUCUCGUUAAUUCCAUGAUUUAAGACCUGACAUCAAACAGAAAUCUCCCAUUCUCAUAUUGGUGCCUAAAUUUUUGCACCUUAAACAUUUUACAGGAAAUAAAAUCUCAAACUGGAUGGCAAAUUCAAAAUGUUAAUAGCAUUUAUAAAACCCUUGGUGUUUGGCAGAACAAAACAAAACAGUACUGUAAACUUUUGAAAGAAACAUAUUUCUCUUCAAAGUUUCAGGGAGAUAUCUGAGUAGUCAUCGAGUGAUUCUUUUUGUCAGUUUGUUAAUUCUGAAAGGAGUAGAUUGUUUUGUUGUUUGAAGCUAGCCUUAGAGAACUUGGGCGAGGUGUUAUAUAAAGACUUGUGGUUAUUUAUGAUAGAACGUCUGUUGUGCUACUUUGGUGAGUUGAUAUUUGUAUGUGUUAUAUACAUAUAAGGUAUUUCUUUUAUUUCCAUUCUCUAUGUUGUAUUAUAGGGGAGCAUUUUGUUCAUAUUCCAUUACGCAUAUACGUUCAGUAGGGGAAGACAUUUGAUGGGUGACUUAUAAACAGGAUGUCCUUUCUAAUGGAAGGCAAACAGUUACAUUUAUAUAAUACAGUUAGAUCAACUACCUGUACCACUGUACCCGAAUUGUUAUGUAUGGCAAGCAAUGGGUCUCCCUUAUGUUGUCCAAUGAAGUGGUCACAAACUACUACAAGGAGACCCUGCCUCAAAAUGACCCUGGCUGUUCACGGGACAAUAAACCCAACAAAUAAACAAACAAACUUUUCUAAUGGUAGGCAAGCAAUUAGAUUUUAAACUGCCAGACAGACUAUUGUCAUCAAUGACAGACAUACAGGUUGUCCUUUACUAAUGGUAGGCAAGCAAUUAGAUUUUAAACUGCCAGACAGACUAUUGUCAUCAAUGACAGACAUACAGGUUGUCCUUUACUAAUGGUAGGCAAGCAAUUAGAUUUUAAACUGCCAGACAGACUAUUGUCAUCAAUGACAGACAUACAGGUUGUCCUUUACUAAUGGUAGGCAAGCUUUUCUAACGUUUGUUGAUAUGACCGACUUUUUCAUAGACAUUUGAGUCAAAUGGUUAAAGUGUUAAAAUUUCAUUUUGUUAAAGGAUAAAAAUUGUUUGCAAAUUCGAGUUGAUUUGUAGUGAUAUCCAAUUAGACAGAGAGCACAUCUAAGUUGAUUUUAAUUGCAUGAAAUUGUUGCGAAUGGAAUGCUGAUAGAAAGAGAAUCUCAUUCAUUUGAUAAUUUAAACAAGUACUAUUGAUAUUGGUUUCUCUAGGGAAAUACAUUUCUGUGAUAUAUAUACCCAACUCAAUAACAAACCUUAUUUAUUCUAAAGGAAGCUCUUGCCAAUGAGGGUUUUAUUAUAUAUAUAAAUUAUUCAUAUGAAAAUCAAAUAUUUACAUUCAAAAAUGUACACAGCAACUGAAAAUUCUGAGGAACAAAAUGUGAUUGCAUUUCCGGACAUUAUCUAUAAGUUAUAGUUUAGCUAGAACUAAAAUAUCAAAACCCUUUAUUUCUGUAUUAUAGACUUUAUAAGUUAUUGGGAGGUUGGGGUUGAAUGCAUUAUCUCCCAAGGUUCCGUGCUAUAUAGGGUUACUCUCUGGGAGGUAAUAGGGGACAGGGGUAUUACUGAUGUGAUAUUAAAUUUAAUUAGAAUCUUUAUGGUCAUUUGUCUGAUUAACCUUGAGCUAGCCUAAUUAAUUAGAUUAUAUCAUCGAUGUGAUUAAUUGUACACUGGACAUCAACUUUGUACCAAAGACAUCAACAAUGAAUUAAAUUUCUAUCAAAAUAA